CAUUGGUGUCAUGUAAUGCUGUUCGUCUCACUCUAGGGGUGUAGUUUAGAGUUGUGGAGGGUGUUGAGACGUGGAGAACUCCACUAUGCCUUCCAGUGAGUUCUCAAAGAGGAUAUUGUGUCUUCCUUUUGUGUUUUAGGGUGUUUAUUACAUGUGAUGCAGCCUGAUUGUGCGUUAAGAGUUUCGAUCGUAAGGGCUGAAGAGCAGAAGCAGUCAUGGACGGAGCUUGGGCUGUUAUUCUCAUAUCUCUGGCAAUGUUCGUGGGAUGUUUCAUGCUCGGGAUAAUUCCAUUAUUGAUCAAUUUAUCAGAGAAGCUGCAGCUGAUUACUGUGCUGGGGGCGGGGCUUCUAUGUGGCACUGCCCUGUCAAUCAUCAUCCCAGAGGGGGUGGAGUUAGUGCAGGAGUCAUGGAAAGACUGGUAUUGCUCUGCAAUGGGAGAGAAUCAAAAUAUCUCCGAAUCAAAUUCAACACUUCAUCUAACCGCAAGGAAAGGUCUGCGUCCUCACUUCUUCAUAGGAGUCUCUCUCGUCUCGGGCUUUACGCUCAUGUUUGUGGUGGACCAGAUUGCCAACUACUGCUCCAUGCAUGAACCCCGAGCACGCAUGUACAGUGGCAACAGUGUUACUGCCACCUUGGGACUGCUUAUUCACGCCGCAGCUGAUGGUGUUGCUCUGGGUGCAGCUGCGGCCUCAUCGCAGGUGUCCGUGCAGGUUGUCGUGUUUUUUGCUGUUAUUUUGCAUAAGGCUCCAGCGGCGUUUGGUCUUGUGUCUUUCCUCAUGCACGCAGGUCUGGAGAGGAAGACUAUUCAAAAGCAUUUACUGGCAUUUUCUGCUGCUGCACCGCUGAUGGCCAUCAGCACUUAUUUUAUCCUGAGUGCAACUAAUGGCUCUUCUCAGAACCGCCUGAGCACUACAGGCAUUGGUAUGCUGUUCUCAGCUGGGACUUUCUUAUAUGUAGCCACAGUUCAUGUUCUGCCAGAAAUCAACAGCAGAGGGCAUCAGAGCUCCACUCACCUCCACCAUCAUACAGGAACCGGAGCCUACCAGCAGCAGGGCGGCCUGGGCAUCACAGAGAGCCUGACUCUCAUCCUGGGGACUGGACUUCCUGUGCUGUUGGCCCUCGGACUGCCAGAUGAUUAAUCUAAAAACAGUCCAACAGCCAAACGUGACUGGUGACGUGUAAUCUUUCAUUUGAAAAUUUGUUUAUAUUUUAUCAAGACUUGAGAAUGCUGUUUUAGUUUUAUGUUUUGUCAUGAUUAGUGUUAUGAAACUCUCCACAUUUUCUGUUUUUAUGUGCACAUGUGCAUUGUCAGAGACAAAAAAAUAUUAUGAGAACUUAUAUUCUUAUAUCUAUAAUCAGAUUUUAUUUUACCAUAGAAAUGAAGUCAUUUUUAUCACUGCCAUAAAGCUAACAGUGCAAUAAGUGCUCUUUUUCCAAAGAAUAAAAAAAAAAUAGUUUUUGUCUUUUCAUUUUUUGGAAGUUUUGUAUUAAACCAAGAAUACCUUAUUAAUAUAAACCAAUGUUUAUUUUGAGAACUACAAAGCAGUGCAAUCUGAAAUACAUGCACAUUGUGAUGGCACGACAAUCUGGUACGCGACAAUCUAUUAAAAGCCAUAAAAGCU